AUGUGAGAGAUUUAUAUAUAGUUCCCUGGUUCUAAUCUAACUAGUAUUUAAUAUUCGAAGAUGUAGUAGUAUGUCAUCAAUGCGCUGAUUUCUUGCUUGUGCAGGGAGUUUCGACCGCGUGCUGUUCAUGAGAGAACCGUUCGUACGGGGUCCUGGUUAAAAUCGGAUUCGGGCUUUGCCGGAUAUGCCGGGGAGAGCGGCGAAGGAGGAGGAAGAGGAGGAGGUGGAGCAACGGGUGGAGGAGAAUGGGGAGAAGUACGAAUUGGAGGAGCUGAGGGACCGGAUCAACUCGUCGCGUGCAAGUCGGUUCAAACUGAUCACGAACGAGUUGGGGCUCGAGCCAACUCGCCGCAUAUUCAGUCGCGACAGCCUUUUCCACGGCAUCCGAGACCUCUCUCGAGGUUUUGUCAUCCACCCCGAUAACCGGUGGUAUCGGGCGUGGACAAAGUUCAUACUGGUAUGGGCACUGUAUUCAUCAUUUUUCACACCCAUGGAGUUUGGGUUCUUUCGGGGGUUGCACGAUGAUCUUUUUAUACUGGACAUUGUUGGGCAGAUGGCUUUCCUUGUCGAUAUUGUUUUACAGUUCUUUGUGGCCUACAGAGACAUCCAGACGUACCGAAUGGUCUAUAAGCGCACCCCAAUAGCGAUCAGGUACUUGAAAUCUAGUUUUAGCAUUGAUCUCCUUGGUUGUAUGCCUUGGGACAUUAUUUACAAGGCUUGUGGAAGAAGGGAGGAAGUGAGGUACCUUCUAUGGAUCAGGUUAAGUCGGGUCCGUAAAGUCACUGUAUUUUUUCAAAACAUGGAGAAAGACAUACGUAUCAAUUACAUGUUUACCAGGAUUAUAAAACUUCUUGCCGUUGAACUCUAUUGCACACAUACAGCAGCCUGCAUCUUUUAUUAUCUGGCCACCACUCUGCCUCCUUCUGAAGAGGGCUACACAUGGAUUGGAAGUUUAAAGUUGGGUGACUAUAGUUAUUCACAAUUCAGAGAGAUUGACCUUUGGAAGCGCUACACAACGUCAUUAUAUUUUGCAAUUGUUACCAUGGCCACGGUUGGUUAUGGAGAUAUUCAUGCAGUCAAUAUGAGGGAAAUGAUAUUCAUCAUGAUAUAUGUUUCUUUUGACAUGGUUCUUGGCGCUUAUUUGAUUGGUAACAUGACAGCAUUGAUUGUAAAAGGAUCAAAGACAGAAAAGUUCAGGGACAAAAUGACAGAUAUCAUCAAAUAUAUGAACAGAAAUGGACUUGGUAGGGACAUCCGUAGUCAAAUCAAAGGCCACUUGCGCCUACAGUAUGAGAGUAGCUACACUGAACCUGCUGUUCUUCAGGACAUCCCCAUGUCUAUCCGAGCAAAGAUUUCCCAAACUUUAUACUUGCCAUACAUUAAAAAGGUUCCUCUCUUUAAGGGAUGCUCUUCAGAAUUUAUCAACCAGAUUGUUAUUAGACUCCAUGAGGAGUUUUUUCUCCCAGGAGAAGUGAUAAUGGAACAGGGAAAUGUGGUAGAUCAACUGUAUUUUGUCUGUCAUGGUGUGCUGGAGGAGGCAGGCAGAGGUGAAGAUGGAUUAGAAGAGACUAUUUCAUUACUAGAACCUAACAGCUCGUUUGGAGUAAUUUCUAUUCUUUGCAACAUUCCUCAACCCUAUACAGUUCGGGUUUGUGAACUUUGCAGGCUUCUGCGGCUUGAUAAACAGUCUUUUACAAAUGUACUAGAUAUAUACUUUUAUGAUGGUCGGAAAAUCUUGAACAACCUUCUGGAGGGAAGCGAUAGUAAUCGAAUUAAGCAAUUGGAGUCGGAUAUCACAUUUCAUAUUGGAAAACAAGAAGCCGAGCUUGCUUUGAAGGUGAAUAGUGCUGCUUAUCAUGGAGAUCUGUAUCAGCUAAAAGGUUUUAUACGAACUGGAGGUGAUCCCAACAAGACAGAUUAUGAUGGAAGGUCACCCUUGCAUCUUGCAGCAUCAAGAGGACAUGAAGAUGUCACACUUUUCCUUAUUCAGGAAGGAGUGAAUAUCAAUAUUAGAGAUUAUUUUGGGAAUACGCCUUUACUUGAGGCCAUCAAGAAUGGGCAUGAUCGAAUUGCUUCUUUACUAUCUAAAGAAGGGGCCUCCUUGGAGAUUGACAAUCCUGGUAGUUUUCUUUGUACGGCUGGCAAAGGGGAUUCAGAUUUUCUUAAAAGGGUUCUGUCCUAUGGAAUAGAUCCAAAUUCCAGAGACUAUGAUCAUCGAACUGCACUUCAUGUAGCUGCCUCUGAAGGAUUAUAUUUGAUGGCACGGUUGCUUUUGGAAGCUGGAGCCAGUGUCUUCCCAAAGGACAGGUGGGGAAACACCCCAAUUAGUGAAGGCCGAAUGUGUGGAAACAAGAAAUUGAUUCGUCUACUGGAAGAUGCAAGGUCGGCUCAGUUGUCAGAAUUUCCCUAUUGCUCUCGAGAAAUCCCAGAUAAAGUGCACCCCAAAAAAUGCACGGUAUUCCCCUUCCACCCGUGGGAUCCCAAAGAACAUAGACAACAUGGCAUCAUGUUGUGGGUCCCGCAUACAAUUGAAGAGCUUAUCCAAGCAGCAUCAGAGCAGCUAGACAUUUCAAGUUGUUCUUGUAUAUUAUCAGAAGACGGAGGUAAAAUUAUUGAUGUAGACAUGAUUAAUGAUGACCAGAAGCUGUAUAUCGUCAGUGAAACACAUUAAUAUUU